UGAUCUAAGGAGUAGUAUAUAAAUAUGGUGUUUGGUGAUAACUGAUAAGAUUAAAGAUAAUAUACAAUUUACAAUUUUAUAGUGAGUACUGAGUUCUGUAAGUUCUGUUAACUUAUAUAUAUGUUAUUGAUAUUAAUAUUAACUUAAUAACUUAAUUAUUUAUUAGCUAUGUUCAUAAAAUAUAGUUUGUGUUAGUCAUAACUCAUUUUUAUUAGUCAUCAAUAGUCACCCAAUAAUAUUGGCUUGUAUAUUUUCAUUUGUCUUUGAAGCGGUGUAGCAUCAUGCCAGCCUAUCAUUCAAGUAUAAAAGAUUACCAACAACUAACUGGAAAUAUGGCAAUAGUUCCAAUAAAGUCACAAUACAAAGGUCCUGCACCUUUGCUCAGCCCAACAAUUGCAGACAUGGAUAUAAUUGAUGAGGCUUUAUCUUUUUUUAAAGCAAAUGUAUUUUUCAGAUCCUAUGAAGUUAAGAGUGAAGCUGAUCGUGUUGUGAUUUAUAUUACUUUAUACAUAACAGAGUGUUUAAAAAAACUUCAGAAGUGUCAAAGUAAAGAUCAAGGAAUGUCUGAAAUGUAUUCAUUGGCACUUUAUAGAUUUGAUAUACCUGGAGAGGCUGGGUUUCCAUUAAACUCAGUUUAUGCUAAACCGUCAUCAACUGGUGAAGCAGAUGUUAUGCGUCAAUAUUUGGAACAAUUACGAAAGGAAACUGGGCGAAGAGUUUGUGAAAAAGUAUUUUCAACUGACGAUGGAAAACCAUCUAAAUGGUGGUUGUGUUUUGCUCGUAAGAAGUUUAUGGAAAAAUCAUUGCUUGCUCCUGGACAAUAAUCUACUCAACAUUUAACAAGGGCUAGCGUCAUAAUUUUUAUUGGCUGAGCAAACUAUUGAUACACAUUUUAUUUUUGUAUUUAUGUCUGCUCUUAAUCAAUAAUUAUUUAUAUUUUUUUAUUUUUAAAACAUAAUUUUUAUUAAUUUAUCUUAAUAUAAUUUAGUAAUUGUUUAAAUAUUUAAUAAAUACAUUUUUUUUAAUACAAAUAUUAAUCUAUAUUCAUUUUUAUAUACUUUAAUAAAUAUAUAAUAUACCUUCUUA